AUGCUCCAACUCUUUUCUGCUCUCCUUUUUGUUAAUGCUUCGGUACAAUUGUCCGACUACUCACAAGCUGUCAUAAAGCCUGUCGAGGCUGCAGAUGCCAUCUUCAAGCGUCAAGCCGCCCAGCCAUUUAAUAAUGACUAUACUGGCCCCAUUUGGACAUCGGACCCGAAGUACCCGUCCCCAUGGGGUGCUGGAACGGGAGACUGGGCUGCAGCAUACGAGAAAGCCCGUGCCUUUGUUAGUGGCUUGACUUUAUUGGAGAAGGUCAACCUCACUACAGGUGUUGGCUGGGAAUCUGAUCGAUGUGUCGGAAAUACUGGCUCUAUCCCUCGUCUCGACUUUGAAGGCCUAUGUUUACAAGAUGGCCCCCUUGGUAUUCGCUUUGCCGAUUAUGUCUCUGCCUUCCCGGCCGGUCUGAAUGUGGCUGCUACAUGGAGCCGUGAUCUUGCGAGGGCUCGAGGAGAAGCUAUGGGAGCUGAGAAUAGAGGCAAAGGGGUUGAUGUCCAGCUCGGUCCCGUGUGUGGACCUCUCGGCCGCAAUCCUGAAGGUGGUCGAAACUGGGAAGGAUUCAGUCCCGAUCCUUAUCUCACUGGCGCCUUGAUCGGUCCUACCAUCCAAGGUAUCCAGAGCCAAGGCGUCAUGGCGUGCACGAAGCAUUACAUUGGGAAUGAACAAGAACACUUCCGCCAGGUCGGGGAAUCCAUCGGCUACGGUUACAACAUCACGGCCACGCUCAGCUCAAAUAUUGACGACAAGACCAUCCAUGAGCUUUACCUCUGGCCUUUUGCUGAUGCCGUUCGGGCUGGUACAGCGUCAGUCAUGUGCUCUUACCAGCAAGUGAACAACUCGUACGGCUGUGCCAACUCUUACACAAUGAAUCACCUUCUCAAGGGUGAACUCGGAUUCCAGGGUUUCGUCAUGUCAGAUUGGCAGGCUCAACAUUCCGGAGUUGGCACCGCCUUGGCUGGACUCGACAUGACCAUGCCUGGUGACACACUAUUCAAUACCGGGUAUACGUACUGGGGCACAAACCUCACUAUUGCCGUGAUCAAUGGUACUAUUCCUGAGUGGCGACUGGACGACAUGGCCACGAGAAUCAUGGCAGGAUACUUCUACGUCGGUCGCGAUGCUGCCAGAGUCCCGGCCAACUUUUAUGCCUGGGGUCAGGACACUUACGGACACGCUUCAGCUGCCGAUCUCAAUUCCCCUCUGAUCAUCGUCAACGAACAUGUCAAUGUCCAAGACGAGCAUCGCAAUAUCAUCAGACAGAUUGGCCAGGCGUCCAAUGUCCUUUUGAAGAACAAUGGCGGCCUUCCUCUUACAGGUCAGGAAAAACAAGUGGCCGUGAUUGGUUACGAUGCUUGUGGCAACCCGUGGGGUCCCAAUGGCUGCCCAAACCGUCAAUGCAACAAUGGAACCCUGGCCAUGGCCUAUGGGAGUGGCACCUGCGAAUUUCCAUAUCUGGUGACACCAGAACAAGCGAUCCAGCAAUAUGUUCUUACGCAGACCGACUCGGAGGUCUUCACCAUUUGCGACAACUAUGCAGACUCGCAGAUCCAGAGUCUUGCCAGCCAAGCUGAUGUUGCCAUUGUUUUUGCCAACGCCGAUUCUGGUGAAGGAUUCAUAACGAUCGACGGCAACACUGGCGACCGCAAUAAUCUGUCUCUGUGGGAAGGAGCGGACCGCUUGAUCAACAAUGUGACCAAGUAUAACAACAAUACCAUCGUGGUCAUGCACACUGUGGGCGCUGUCAAUGUUUCUGCAUGGUAUGACAACGAGAAUGUUACUGCCAUCCUAUGGGCGGGUCUACCUGGUCAAGAGAGCGGCAAUGCCCUCGUCGAUGUCCUUUACGGUCUCGUUAACCCCGGUGGAAAAUUACCCUUCACCAUUGCCCGCAAUCGGGACGACUACGGCACGGAUGUUCUAUAUGAACCUAACAACGGGCAAUUUGAUGCUCCUCAAGUCCUCUUCUCGGAGGGGGUGUUCAUUGAUUACCGACAUCUCGAUGCAGCUGGGAUCGAGCCAAUCUAUGAAUUCGGAUUCGGCCUCAGUUAUACAACCUUUGAAUAUUCCAAUCUGGUGAUUACUCCAGGAAAUCCAGCACCAUAUACCCCCGCCAGUGGAUUGACAGGGCCAGCUCCAGUCUUGGGUAACUCGUCCACGGACCCAUCACUAUACCUCUUCCCCAAUGCCAGCAUCCCUUAUCGUUACUUUGAAUUCAUCUACCCAUACCUCAACACCACCGAUCUUGAGGCUGCGUCUGCUGAUCCUGAUUACGGCCUGCCGACGGAUCAGUAUGUUCCGGCCGGCGCCACGGACGGCUCACCGCAGCCCAUCCAGCCUGCUGGAGGUGGUCUCGGGGGCAACCCUCUGCUCUACGAAGUUGUCGCAACGGUGACGGCAACGAUCACCAACACAGGAAGUGUCGCCGGGGAUGAGGUUGUGCAGUUGUACGUGUCGCUUGGGGAGGGAGAGCCGCCGAAAGUGCUUCGUGGCUUUGACCGCCUGACCAUAGCACCUGGUCAAUCAGCGACAUUUACCGCUGAACUUACUCGCAAAGAUGUGUCGGUCUGGGAUACCACCGUUCAGAACUGGGUAGAGGUCAGCAAUCCAACCAUUUACGUUGGCGCUUCGAGCAGAAAUCUUCCACUAUCAGGAACCCUGUCCGGCGGUGCUUCACCUGGUGGUCCGAGUGGACCAAACUACAGUUCGCCUCCAGUUGCCCCGUCUUCUUCCUAUGGUGGUCCGACAUAUUCGUGGAGCUCGGGGUACGGACAUCCCACUGGACCGCCGGUAUCUCAGAUUUCAGACGGACAGCCUCAAUGGGGAGCCCCAGUUACGCAAAUCUGGGAUGGCCAACCUCAAGCGACGACGGCAUGA